AUGCAUUUCUUAGGGCUAUCGGGUAUGCCACGGCGCAUUCCAGAUUAUCCAGAUGCUUACGCUGGGUGGAAUGCCAUUAGCAGUUUUGGCUCUUAUAUAUCCGUAGUUGGGAUUCGUCGUUUCUUCGUGGUCGUAACAAUCACUUCAAGCAGUGGAAAUAACAAAAGAUGUGCUCCAAGUCCUUGGGCUCUUGAACAGAAUUCAACCACACUGGAAUGGAUGGUACAAAGUCCUCCAGCUUUUCAUACUUUUGGAGAACUUCCAGCUAUCAAGGAAACCGUGAAGUAA